AUGGCCGGAUCAAAGGCUAACAAAAAGUUUCAAGCUGGUCGGCGUAAAGCCCAGCAAACGUCGCAUAGCCCCCCCUCUUCCUCCCCGAGCACUUCCCCCGUCGGACCUCCACGCAUGGACAAGCAAGUCCAGCUCCUUCAUCGCUUCUAUGAGCCCAUGAAUCUCCUCUUUGCCCUUGGCCAGACCCGGGGCGAGCACAUCAAGUCCGAGGAUGAUGGGUCCGCCAGGUUCAAGCGGCGUCGGUUCCUCAACGACCUGGCAUACAUCUACGACUUGGCCAAGGGCGGACCGGCGACCACUGCCAUUGCCGUUGAGGAGCAGGCCAACGAGUACAUAUUCUGGUUUGCUCUCAACGCCACUGGGGAGGCAUCUACAAAUGUCAGGCUGUUCCGGGAGUCGAGUCUGAGAACUAUCAGACAGAGUCUCUCACGUGAGCCGGGGGCUACCAGGGAGCUGCUGACUCGAAGGCUCACGGCCGAUUGUGUCGGAGCAGCAAGGAGUCGGAUCAAGGAGGAAGUCAGACUUCUCAUGUCCAACAUCAAUUCUUGCAUUUCAAAACUUCAAGUUGAUGCCGGGAAAGCUACAGGUAGAUAA